AUGUACUCAUUGUUGAAGAAAGAAGUAUCGUUGUUUAGGUCUCCAAGGGAGGAGGUGUUUUGGUCGCUACACGGUAAUGAUCCAAUCACUCCAGGUGACAUCCGUCCAAGACAAUUGUCCAACAACUCCAAUGACGAUGACAAUGAUGACGACAAUCACACCACUAUAAUUGAAAUCAAGACAUUAUCAUUUGGACCAGCAUUUAAUAGACAGAUUGGAAUUGGUUGCCUACCUGACACGAUCACAACGCUUACCUUGGGUUGGGAAUUCAAUAAGGACAUCAUGGUCGGGACGCUACCAUCGUCCUUGAUCAAACUCUUCAUUGGCAAUCACUACAACAGCAAGAUAGAGAGUGGCGCGCUGCCCGAGACGCUCCAAACCCUCAGAUUCUACAGCAACUAUGACUUCCCCAGGAGGACACUCGAGGCCAACUGCAGGAUACCCAAGCUACCGGGCUCACUUACACAGAUGGAGUUUGGACACUACUUCAACUCAUUCCUAUUCCCAGGCUACUUCCCCGACUCCAUCACCAUACUUCGAUUCGGCGAAUGGUUCCUCCAGCCAAUCGAGGUCGGUGUCCUACCAAUGUCGCUCACUGAGUUAGCCUUUAUCGGUUCAUACCCUUAUGCCAUCCCUCUCAAGGCCUUCCCGCCUUCACUCCAGGACCUCACAUUCCAAUCCGAUUACAGUCCACCCUCCCCCAUCACUCUUCCAGUGUCAAUUGAGCGUCUGUACACCGGCUGGGACGGCAGCACUGUGCUCACGCCCGGCAUGCUCCCGUCAAAGUUGGACACACUUGACCUUUACCAAUAUUAUCAAGAAAUCAAUCCAGGUGUACUACCUGAAUCGCUACAACGCCUGUCGAUCUUCCAUGGACACAGUCAACCAUUGCUCCCUGGCUCACUGCCCAUGAACCUCACCGACCUCACAUUCUAUAUCACUUUCGAUCAAGAGCUGCCGCCAGGUAUUCUGCCACCCAAACUUGAGUGGCUCAAUCUUGGGUCGGACUUUAGACACCCUCUCUUGCCAGGUGUCCUCCCUCCAUCACUCACCGACCUUUCUAUGGAUGAUGACUAUUGUCUAUUUCAGCGCAUUGGGCCAGGUGUGUUGCCCGAUUCGCUCAAGGUGCUCACCAUUGGCGACGCAUACACUCAAUAUCCAACGGACUAUCCGGCACAGCCUUGGGUGUUACGGGAGCCUGUUACAUACUUGAAUGAUUUCAUCGUGCCGCUGUCCCUCCCAUUGUCCAUCCGCUAUCUGACACUUGGCGGGGGCUUCAACCAAGAGCUCACGCCAGGUCUCAUACCAGAGUUUGUAACAGACUUGACACUGGGACGCCAUUACAACACUGCGCUGUCACCUGGAUCUUUGCCCAACUCAAUUGUUAGGUUGAAAUUUGGAGACUUCUUUAAUCACCCGGUUGGAGCCGACACCUUGCCAACAAGCCUCAAGUCGUUGGCCUUUGGAAACAACUUCAACCAGAUGAUCACUCUACCCGACGCACUGACUGAGCUCACUCUUGGCGGAUGUUUUGAACAUGAACUCAUUCUUCCAUUUAAUCUUAGAGCAUUGUCUCUCUAUCAUAUCAAACAGAUUGGACAUGUUAUUAUGUCUGCUGAGAAUGACUCUGGCGAUGCUGUGCCCUCAGUCCAAGUCUUCACCAAAUGUAUAUUAAACUCAUCAAUGUUCCAGAACGGGGAUGAGCCAGACCCAAUGCCAAGGAUGGUGCAGCAUUUCAAGUCACUGACAUGUGCGUUCAAGACACCAGAGAAGAGCACAUUACAACAGUGUGUGGACAUAAAGAUACAGACGACAGACAUGAGCAAGAGAAAUGAUAACACAUCCUUCACGCCAUUGAAGAGGAAGAAGAUGGAUCACAGCAGUCCUGCUGCAUCACCUGCCGCUGUCACUCCUUCCAAAGUGCUAUCAAUGGACGACUUUGAUGACGAACGAUUCCAAUUGGAAUGCGAUAAGGAAGCUAUUAGAGAAGAGAGGAUGGUAGUGGAGAAGGCACGUAAAGAGGUGGAACAACGUGAAGAUACUGUGAAGGUGUAUGAGUACUCGUUGGAAGAAAGAGAGUUUGAAUUGGAGGAACGAAAGAUGGAGUUGAAUGAGAAGGAGUCGUGGCUCAAAUGCGAGGAGGCACGUCUCAAUGAGUUGGCCCAAGAGAUGGUGUCAGCAACCACAGACAUUAGUGCCAGCCAGACUGCGCUGGCCGAGCGCGAGGCAGCACUAUGCGACCGCGAGAAGCGUGUGGCAGAGCGCGAAGCACAGUUUGUCGCCAUCGAGAGCGAGCUAAAGGUGCGCAGGAAGAAGCUGGCCGAGAUUGAACAGCGUCUGAAGCAGCGAGAUCACGAGAUAAAGAUGGCAGAGAUCUCUGCACUACAAACGAUGAACAAGCGAUCAAUGACUUCACCAAAUGAUGCAGAUGUCGGUGGAUCAGACAACCUAUUCCAAUCAACGUCAUCCAUGUCAAUGUCACUGAGCACCCUAUCACCAAUCGCCCCAAAGUCAUCAAUGACAUCAACAACAACAACAACAAGCAACAAUCUGUCGGAGAGCACCAUCAGUCCUCUAUCACCAGCUCCAAAGGCUCGCAUGUCUGUGGCGCCUCGCAAGUCCAUCGUGCCAAAGACAUCGCUUAUCAACGCCAAGUCACCAAAGAAGACAUUUAUGGCACCGAGAAAGUCGAUCAUCAAGGGAGACACGAUCGCCACCUUGCUCAACAAAGAGAACUCUGGCUCAUCCUCGGCCAACACCACUUCACCGACAUCUCCAGCGACCAAGAUAUUACGUCGUCCAUCCAUCAUACCCUCGCGUCAGAGCAUUCUCAAGUAA